UACAGUCAGCUGAUGCUAACGCUGAACAGCCGGACGGACGGUUCUAGUAGCAGAGACGGAUCUGAGGUCAGCCAGGAUGCCUUUCUCCGAGCUAUACUUCAACGUUGAUAACGGCUACCUGGAGGGGCUGGUCAGAGGGUUCAAAGCGGGAAUAUUGUCCCAGGCGGAUUAUUUAAACCUCGUUCAGUGUGAGACUCUGGAAGAUCUGAAGCUCCACCUGCAGAGCACAGACUAUGGCAGCUUCCUGGCCAACGAGGCGUCUCCUCUCACCGUGUCCGUCAUCGACGACAAGCUGAAGGAGAAGAUGGUGGUGGAGUUUCGCCACAUGAGGAACCAGUCGUACGAGCCCCUGGCCAGCUUCAUGGACUUCAUCACGUACAGCUAUAUGAUCGAUAACGUCAUCCUGCUGAUCACCGGCACCCUCCACCAGCGGGCCAUCUCCGAGCUGGUGCCCAAGUGUCACCCGCUGGGCAGCUUCGAGCAGAUGGAGGCGGUCAACAUUGCCCAGACCCCCGCCGAGCUCUACAACGCCAUCCUGGUGGACACGCCCCUGGCUGCGUUCUUCCAGGACUGCAUAUCUGAACAGGACUUGGACGAGAUGAACAUUGAAAUAAUUCGUAAUACACUUUACAAGGCUUACCUGGAGGGUUUCUACAAGUUCUGUUCCAACCUCGGAGGAACCACGGCUGACACCAUGUGUCCUAUUCUGGAGUUCGAGGCCGACAGGAGAGCCUUCAUCAUCACCAUCAACUCGUUCGGCACCGAGCUGUCCAAGGAGGACCGAGCCAAGCUCUUCCCCCACUGCGGCAAGCUUUACCCAGAAGGCCUUGCUCAGCUGGCCCGGGCGGAUGACUACGAUCAGGUCAAGAUCGUCGCUGAUUUCUAUCCAGAGUACAAGCUGCUGUUUGAAGGAGCCGGCAGCAACCCGGGCGACAAAACACUGGAGGACCGUUUCUUUGAGCACGAGGUGAAGCUGAACAAGCUGGCCUUCCUCAACCAGUUCCACUUCAGCGUCUUCUACGCCUACGUCAAGCUGAAGGAGCAGGAGUGCAGGAACAUCGUGUGGAUCGCCGAGUGCAUCGCCCAGCGGCACCGCGCCAAGAUCGACAACUACAUCCCCAUCUUUUGAGCCUCCUCUUCUUCCUCCCGACAUCAUUUCAUUCAUGUCUUGAGCGGUGUCUCCAGUCUCGCCUCGAUAUUAAACAUUGUGACGGUUUGAUGCUAAAUCUUCAGCAUUCUUCACUCGCAGGUGUAAAUUAGGGUUUUUUUGUUAGCCCCCGAAUUUCCUGCUGCGACGUGAGUUCCAUUCAGGCUCGUUAUUGUUUACAAAGCAAAACAUAUAAUCAACUUAAAUACUGAGUUUUUAAGCUGGAAAAAGAGUCGCGAUGAGUUCAGUCCAACACAGGUGGUUGCUGCUUGUUUUAAUCAGAAGGCGACUCAUUUGACUUCCAAACGCUCACCUGUGAUUGUCUAAACUGUGACGCUCGGCGUGUUUACUCGACACGUCGGCUGACAAAACACAAGAAGAAGAAUUUGCAAUUUACUCCCAGCGCAGCAAACAAACCACCAUCUUUCUGCAACACGUCAAGCUGCAGCGUGCUGUUUUUUUUGGACCAAAAUCAAUAAAAAGAAACGCCCCAAAUCAGAAACUUAACACGACCGCAUGACAACAUUCCGCUGCUCAUCUUCAGUCUCCACCAGCUUCUGUAUAACCUGUAGUUAUUUCUGUUUUAGUGCUCCUUUUUGUCAGCAUGUCUGGUCAUUACUGUGGUUCCCCCACCCAAAAUAAAUAGACAAAAAUAUAGCGAGUGAAGUGAGCCCCCACCUGAUUUGCUGUCUUGACUAGAUCGUUGUUGGAUAUUAAUAAAAGCAGCAGCUCCCCGUCCCUGAGUUUGUGUAAAUGAACGUGCUGGAAUGAGUAUACGACCGACUUAAUGUUUAAACUAUACAAAGAUAUAUAGAUAUUUAAAGAUAUGACUAUGAUUUUGUUUUACUUAUGCUGUAAAAAAAAAAAGAAGAAGAAUUGAUCUGUUUCUGUUUCUUACUUGUGGAAUGUGUUCUGUAAAUGUGAUGAAAAAAAUAAAUAAGACUAAACUGCACUAAUGCAGGUCUGGAAGAAUUUAAAAA